CACGCGCACUGCGAUCCGGCCCGGGCCGUGCGCGCGGCCCGACGAUUGCGGGUGAUGACCAGCAUGCAGACACCUCUUCUCUGACCAGCUGCCUCUCCAUUGACAUGGCCCACCGUGGUGGGGAAAGGGACUUUCAAACUUCAGCACGGCGCAUGGGUACCUCCCUGCUCUUCCAGCUUUCGGUGCAUGAAAGGGAACUGGACCUGGUUUUUCUGGAUCAUAGCUAUGCCAAGCCAUGGAGUGCCCACCCAGAUGCCAGUAGUGCCCGUCCUACCCGCAUGCUCUUUGUUACUCCCCGAAGGCAGCAUGAAAGUACCAUUGAGUCAGAUGUCCCAAUAGAUGUAGAGACAGUCACAUCAACUCCUGUGCCACUGUACGACAAUCAGAAGGCACGCACUGUGAUGAAUGAGUGUGAGCGCCACGUUAUCUUCGCCAGGACUGAUGCUGAUGCCCCGCCACCUCCAGAGGACUGGGAGGAGCAUGUCAACAGGACUGGCUGGACCAUGGCCCAGAAUAAGCUAUUCAAUAAGAUCCUCAAAGCCCUGCAGUCUGAUCGACUUGCCCGCUUGGCCAACGAAGGGGCUUGCAAUGAGCCAGUGCUGCGCCGUGUUGCUGUGGACAAAUGUGCAAGGAGAGUUCGACAAGCUCUGGCAAGUGUAAGCUGGGACACUAAAUUGAUCCAGUGGCUGCACACCACUCUGGUGGAGACCUUGAGUCUGCCCAUGCUGGCAGCUUACCUGGAUGCUUUGCAGACACUGAAAGGGAAGAUCCCUUCCUUGAUUGACCGGAUGCUUGUGUCAUCCAACACGAAGACUGGGGCUGCAGGAGCUGAGGCCUUAUCCCUCUUGCUAAAGAGGCCCUGGGAUCCUGCGGUGGGAGUGCUUUCUCAUAACAAGCCAAGCAAACUCCCUGGCUCACCUCUCAUCCUCAUUGCCUCCUCUGGACCCUCCAGCUCUGUGUUUCCUACCUCACGCCGUCACCGCUUCUGGCAGUCUCAGCUCUCCUGCUUAGGCAAGGUCAUCCCUGUAGCUACCCAUCUGCUGAACAAUGGCAGUGGGGUGGGAGUUCUGCAGUGUCUUGAACAUAUGAUUGGAGCAGUGAGAAGCAAAGUGCUAGAGAUUCACAGCCAUUUCCCUCACAAGCCCAUUAUUUUGAUUGGCUGGAAUACAGGAGCUUUGGUGGCCUGUCAUGUAUCUGUGAUGGAGUAUGUCACUGCUGUUGUCUGCCUUGGGUUUCCUCUCCUUACUGUGGAUGGCCCCAGAGGGGAUGUGGAUGACCCCCUCUUGGAUAUGAAGACUCCAGUCCUCUUUGUCAUCGGUCAGAAUUCCCUGCAGUGUCACCCUGAAGCCAUGGAGGACUUCCGGGAAAAGAUUCGGGCUGAGAACAGCUUGGUAGUGGUUGGGGGAGCUGAUGAUAAUCUCAGAAUAAGCAAAGCAAAGAAGAAAUCAGAAGGGUUGACGCAGAGCAUGGUGGACAGAUGUAUUCAGGAUGAGAUUGUGGACUUUCUGACUGGCGUGCUCACUCGUGCUGAGGGGCAUAUGGGUUCUGAGCCUCGGGACCAGGAUGCUGAGAAAAAGAAGAAGCCCCGGGAUGUGGCGCGCAGAGAUCUGGCCUUCGAGGUGUCCGAGCGGGGCAGUCGACCUGCCUCCCCAGCUGCCAGACUGCCUGCCUCACCUUCAGGCUCAGAGGAUCUCUCCAGUGUGUCCAGCAGCCCCACCUCCAGUCCCAAAACCAAAGUGACCGCAGUGGCCUCUGCUCAGAAGACGAGUCAGAUUGGGAGCUCACAGUUGCUGAAAAGACACGUGCAGCGGACAGAAGCUGUGUUGACUCACAAACAAGCCCAAGCACAGUUUGCUGCUUUUCUGAAACAAAACAUGCUGGUGAGGAAAGCUCUUCCUCCUGGCACCUCCUCCUGUCUCUUUGUUCCCAUUUCAUCAGAACAAGUGGAAGAAGCAGAAAAAGAGGAUAUUAGGGUCCAACUGAAGCGGCACCAUCCCUCCAGUCCUCUUCCUAGCAGUAAGAUGUCCAAGCGACCAAAGAUCAAGGUGUCCCUUAUCUCCCAAGGGGAUGCAGUUGGAGGGCCUUGCACUUCCCAAGGAGGAGCUCCAGAAGCCGCAGGAGGGAAGCCCAUCGCCAUGGCACUGGGGCAGGCUUCUGGAGGGGCCAAGGAGCUCACAGGGCUUCUCACCACAGCCAAGUCAGGUGCUUCUGAAGGGGGAGUCUCAGCCAGCCCCAACCCCUCAGUGGUCUCCAGCAGCACUGUGCCCAGUGCCUUGCACACACUCCAGAGCCGCCUGGUGGCCACCUCUCCUGGCACGUCCCUCCCAGGUGCCACAUCAGCCAGCAGCCUCCUCCAAGGUCUCAGCUUCAGCUUGCAGGAUAUCAGCAGCAAGACCUCUGGCCUCCCAGCAAACCCCUCUCCAGGGCCAGCCCCACAGGCCGCCAGUGUGAAGUUGCCCACUCCCAUGCAGAGCUUGGGUGCCAUCACCACGGGCACCAGCACCAUUGUCCGUACCAUUCCUGUGGCCACCACUCUCUCCUCCCUGGGUGCCACUCCUGGUGGGAAGCCCACAGCCAUCCACCAACUGCUGACCAAUGGGGGCCUCGCUAAGUUGGCAAGCAGCCUCCCUGGCCUGGCUCAGAUCUCUAACCAGGCAUCAGGCUUAAAGGUCCCCACCACCAUCACACUGACGCUGCGGGGCCAGCCGAGCAGAAUUACCACUCUGAGCCCCAUGGGCUCAGGAGCAGCCCCGUUGGAGGAGCCCAGCGCCCAGGGGCUGCCCUCCAGUUCACAGCGCCUGCCUCCAGCUCCCUGAAGACGCCAGGGGCUCUGUCCCAGACAGGUCGUGGUGCUGCUCCACGUGUGCCCUGGGAGACGGUCUUUCCUGCGGAGCUGUUCGCCUGCCUGAAGACCUCUCCGAGAGUCACUUUUACCACCCCACCAGCUGUCUUCAGAGUUAGACCGCUUGGUCUCGUGACACCACUGGGCUCGGUAAUAUGGCGCCAGCAGGGGAACGUUGUCCUUCAGCCUCUACAGGUCACGUUCCCGGAGUCCCGGGCCCCUCGGCAGAUCUAGCUGUGUGUGGCUCUGAGGCAGCCCUCCCCGGUGUUACUGGCCACAAGUGUCAGUAUUGGAAUGCUCAUUGCAUUUCAUACAGGAGUUCGUUUUGGAAGUAUGUGCUGCAAGAACCCGCUUGCCGAGUUGGGAGGAGAUGUCCGUGUGGUCCGGGGCUGUGGGAGUUAGGAUUGAGAGCCCUUUACUGAGGUCCUGGGUCAUCCAGGCCAAGUGACUGGUUGUUGAGUGCCAGAGGGCUUGCUUGGAACAUAGCUGCUGCCUUCACUGAGCAGCCACGGAGACUUCUCUUCAUGCAUCUCUACUUAGGAACCACAUGAGAUACUGAGUGUCCUGCUGAAACCUGGGAACUCCUGAUUCCAAGCCACCACAGGGCAAAAAGAACUAAGCUGCCAACUUUCAGUCCAUUGGCCAGUACAGAUGUGGAAAGCAGUAGCCGCCAGGAGGUGAAGCUGGCUCUUCUUUUUUCAUCAUGCUUUUUGUAGUUUCUAUGUCCAGCGAGCCUGCAUGUCCAAAAAGGCUGAAGAAGAGGAAUGGAACAGCAAAUGAAGUACCUUGAGGAUGUGCCAAUAAGUCCUGGGGUGAAAACAAUUUGGGCUUAAAACUUUACAUCUAGUACCUAAGGGACUCUUGAUUCAUGAGGAGAUGAGAAGAGUUUGCUAAGCCAGAGGGGAGAAACCCCAACUCCUGAGAUUUCUGUCUCCAGUGCCUAGAAGUGAAGUAGGGAUAACCAGCUGAGUUACCCUUUGGCCAUCCCAGGGAGCUCGGGGAUCAAGAACGCCGCAUGUCUAUUCUCUGCAAUUUUCGUCUUCUUGUUUAGAAGUGGGAAGAUUAUUGGCAGUAACUCUACUGUACCACAUGGUGCUUGGUAUCAGCCUGCGCCCUAAAGGUGAGGAUUUCUGGAACAGUGAAGCUGAAGAUGGAGCUCUGAGCCCUUCCUUACGCUCACAGCAGUGCUAAGGUAGUUUCAGGUUUGGCUGAGAACCUACCCUCCAGAGCAGACUCCCCUUCCCCUCCAAACUGGAAUGUUUUCAGACAAGGUGGUAAACGUGGCAGCCCAGGCAGGAAGGAACCAUGGCAUGCCAUAGCUGCAGUGUGGUCCAGCAUAUUUCAAAACCUGGCUCAAAUCUGUGCCAAUCUAAGUGGCAGUCAGGAGGGAGCAGCUAGUGUGCAGAAGUCUCAGAUGAAGCAGAUUGGGGUACUGCCGGCAGGCCUGAGGGUCGUAUAUGAUGGUGUGGAGACAGUCUCCUGAACAUCUUGCCCUCCCUCCCUGACUCUGCAGAGCUGGUCUCAUUAGUGACUACAGAGACAGAGCUGCAUGUGGUAGAGAGCUGCUUUCUGAAACUCAGGAGGCAUUUCAGAAUUCAGAUGGAAAAUUUGGGAAAGCAUGAAAUCUGAAAGAGCCCCACAAGUCAGGGGCUUGUAAACUAAGGUAGAAUAAUAGCGCACCAACAGGAGCCAAGGACAGUAAGGGUGCGAUUCUGUGCAGCUCUUAGGAAUCCUAUAAUAUGAGCAGAAGGGCCUGACCAGCCCACUCAUGACUUGGAGACAGCACGGAGGGGCUGCUCCUGGGCUGUGCGGGGCCACUAGUGCCCUGUCCCGUAUCUGCCCAAACCUUCGGAUGCUUCCCCAGGGUGACUUCCUGAGGCUUGGGCUGUGCGCCUUGAAAUAUGCCAGAACUAGAGAUAAAGCAUUGUAGGAACAUUGACUCUUUGCCUUGGAGAGACAGGCUAAAGGCAGAAGUGGGUGAAGUAGUUACACCCCUCUUCUGCCGCACUUAUGAGAUGAAGAGGAAGCUUUCCUCCAUAGCAGACCUGGAGUCCAUAGUGCCACGGUAAUACCACUGGCCAGAAAUGUGGGAGGAUCAAGAAGGCUUUAAUUAAAUUCCGGGGUGACAGAUGUAUGUUGAUAGCCUCUGAAAGAAGUCCUUGUGCUUCGGUCACUGACGGAGGAGCGCCUUCCGCCUUUUUUUGCCCCCGCCAUUUGCACAGUCUAGGGCUGGAUGGAUUUUAGAGCGGAACUGCUGGGAUGGUUUUGUUUUUAUGUUAGCAAAAACAACUUUAAAAAAUUAAAACUUUGGUGGCUUCAACUUGUUUUCAGUUGAUUUCUCCUAUUUGCACUGGUAACCACUCAAGCAAGUGAAGGGGGGCACAGGAUAUAAUCGCUAAGCUACCAUGGUAAUGCCUGUAAUCGUCUCACUGAUGCCAGGUGCUGAAAGGUGGGAUCUGUAGUGCCCUUUUCAGGUGAGAUAGUCACACAGCAGUCACAUGGUGAGGAUGGUGACAGUGGGGCUGAGAGCCAGGUCGCCUGCACCAGUGUUUGUUCUGCUCUGCACUGUGCUGGGUUUCCAGGGGGGAGACCUGAAGUGGAGGUGAGGAGGUGGUGGCGUGGCCUUCUUGUGACCAGUUAUGUCCCAGCAGGCCUGGAGUAACCGUGGAGCUCUGGGCUGGGCCUGCUUGGUUCUGUGUGUUCAGGAUCCCUCUGCACGUCUUCUCCCUCCACCCCAUCCAGCAAAGAAGGAAGGAAGCACAGAAGUGCUCAUCCCCAUCAUACUGAAGUUUUGAAAAACACAAAACUGGUUCUUAACUACAGAUAAUUUUUAAAAUACUGCUCUGGAUCUCAGAUCGAAUGCUAUCUCCUUAAAGAAAUUGAGGAACCAGUUUCCACAGAUUCCACCACAGAUAGAAAAAGAAGAGAAUGGUUUGUUUCAUGGCUGUGUUUGGGAAAAUACCUACUGAAGUAUUUAUGGAUAAAAUGAGUUAAUGUCUUGGAUUUUUCAGAAUAAUUGGAGAGGAGUAGAUGAGUGGAAUAUAGACAGAACAUGAUUAGCAGUAUGCUGGAGACUUAAAGCAAAUCCAUUUCUGUGAACUUCUGUGUUUGAAAUACUCCAUAGUAAAAAGUUAAACAGGGUCUGUUUCCCCCACCUCAUCCCCCAAUAAGGAAACCCAGAAAAUUAACAUUGGUACAGUGUAUGCGUAUAGUUCUGUCAUUUUGCUCAAAAUUCAGAAUUCUUCCAUCACAAAUUUCUCCUCGCUACCCAUACACUUUCUCAUAAUUCCUGCCGUGACAGCCAUUCGUACAGAGUGAGCCUUGAAUCAGGUCCUACAGUGUGUGACCUUUCAAGGUCGGCAUUUUUCUGUUUAGCAUCCCUCGAUGUCUGUCCAAGUUGUGUGCAUCAGUAUUUCCUUUGUAAUGCUGCGUGGACUGUGCGAGGGACCCAGCCAUCUGUCUCCACCUGCUGGGCAGCAUCUUGAGUGUUUUCACUUUGAGGCCGUCGCAGAUAAAGCUAUUGUGCACAAUUAAGCUGAGUUUACUCUGGGAUCAAUGUCAAGUGUGAUGACUGAGUCAUACGGGGUGUUUUCAGUUUUCUAGGAAACUGCCACACUUACAGCAUAACUAACAUUUUAUGUUCCCUCCAGUAACAAGAUAUUUUCUGCAUUCUUGCCUGCACUGUAAUUGUCUUUAUUUUGUCUUGUAAUCUUCCUCUAAUAGGUACCUAGUGAUACCUCAUUAUGGUCUUUUACACUAGUUGAGAAUAUCUGGGGUCAUUGGUCUUGGCUUCCAGUUAACGAAGUGCAUUAGAACACUUUGUAGAACUGGUGUCAACACUUAGAGUGCCAGUGGCCAGAACGCGAGGUUUACUAGAGCUUAUGAAACUUGGUUAUGG